AUGUUAAAUGGAAUUAUCCCAUUCCAGCUGAACAAGACUGGGUUUCUAUUUACCCAAAUUCGUACAGCAACUAAGAAAGCUGCAGGUUCUCGUACCUCGAUGAAGGAUUCUGCAGGUCGUCGACUGGGUCCAAAGAAAUAUAAUGGGCAAGAAGUAAAGACUGGUCAAAUUAUCAUGCGUCAGCGUGGGACUAAAUUCUUCCCUGGUGAAUACGUUGGUGUUGGGAAGGACCAUACCUUGUUUGCACUGGAACCUGGUUUUGUUAGAUACUAUUUAGAUCCAUUCCAUCCAAAGAGAAAGUUUAUAGGUAUUGCAUUGAAUAAGGAUGCAACCCUACCGACGAAUCAUUUUGAUCCUACUCAAAGGAGAUUUGGCCAUACGCUACUUGACAAUGCAAAAGCUGCCCAAAAAGAAGAGGGCGCAUUACCUAGAAAGGAGUUUCUAGCUUCUGACAGUAUAAAAGCUGAAAUAGAGAGUCGUAGUGAAAAGAGAGCUGCCUUAAAAAAGAGUUAUGAAAAAUUGCUAAAAAAAUUGAAAAUAAAGGUGGAGGAUACAAACUUAGCUACUGACUACCUCGUUCGUUUGAGAAGUAGUUUAAGAAAUGGGUUCUUAUUAGGAGAUGCGCAGUUCUAUUCCAAAAGAUAUAUCGAAAUGGAAUACCAGUUGAAGGCUGAGAAAGAGGGUGUGAAUAAGGAUUCCAGAGUUGCCAAAUUAGAAGAGAUUUGUUCCACCACAGCAUUGCUAAAUUCAUCUAUUUCAUUUAGUAACAAGUUUGAAUUAGGGUCAUUUAUGACGGAAAACGAUAAAAUAGAUGCCAGAGAGAACUUAAUUAAAUCACUAGAUGAAGUUCACAACAAUUUAUCUACAAAGAAGGAUGUUAAAAAGUUAAAAGAUCUAUUCAAGGAUGCCAGUACAUUUUUGACAUUAUCAGAUGAGGUACAUUUACGUAGAGUGUAUCUGAAACCAGUUCUUUCAGAAGUAGUAAGUAAAGUUGAGCAGGUACAAGCUGGAGAAAAGGCUGGUGCUAAGGGUAAGAGUGUGGUUAUCAAGAGGUUUAAUUAUGAGACAAGCAAGAUUGAUGUCAUCAAAAGGGAUAAAAAGGCUUUCUUAAGCAAAUUGUGA